UCCUAUUAUGGGACUCCUCAGCAUUGGUAUACGGUAAUAUGUAAAUGGUAAUCUUCCAUAUUGAGCAUGUACUAAGUCAACUGUUCAGCAGUUUUGUCUCUCUUAAAUUUACUCAUUUAGAACUUCAGCUUCAAUUGUAUGAUUAAACUAUCAUGAAAAUUCCGUGAAAACAUUAUCAUUGAAGUAGUCCAUCAUACAUUCGUAAUUAUCAGGGUACAUUACCUAUUUGGUAAUAAAAGCAGUUCUGACAGUUGACUUGGAUUUAAAAUUGAUUUUGAUGAUGUUGUUUUUACGCUUUUACAAAAUGGAUCUGGGAUGUGCUUGGGAUAUUGACAUCGAUUUAUUUUUCUUGAAGAGUUGAAAAUUAAUUGCAAAAAAAUGAUUGAACUUACUCGUCAUCAGAAAAUUUAUUGUGUCAUCCUUGUCUGACGUUAAUUUAUAUGAGCUCCACUAGUUAUUUCAAUAAGAAAACCCGGAGUGAGUAGGAAGCUUCUGUUGGCUAACCUAAAUCGAGAUUAUAUACACAGGCUCAUUCAUAAACAUAUAUCUGUCUCCUUCAGAAAAUCGAGCUAGAGUUUCAACCAGUACCGUUUCAUCGGUUUCCUCAGAAAGCUAAGUCAAUUCAUGAUCAGUAGCGUGUGCUCAUCAGUAUAUACCUCUUAUCAUUCGGUCUACAACUGAUAUGUCUGAUUGAUCUAGACAAUCAAUUAUAAAAAGGCUUAAAAAUUAUUAAAUAGUGGAAAAUACGGACCAAAAGAUCAAAUUGUGGGUGAAUACAUUGGAAUUCGUACACCUUAUACAGGGAUGAAAUGUUUUUUUCACAAAUUGGAUUUUGAACGAACGUUGAGUAAAUGUCUGUUGGAAUGUUGUACAAUCCAUGAUGGGAGCUCCAUAAUGUAAUGGGAUCAUUUUGUUUCAAUAUAACAUACCAAAAAUCCUUUGAAUUAGUGCUUUUCUAGUUGAUUACUUAAUAAUUGCUGUAAAACAGUCUAUAUAACAAAGGAUAAUUUGACCCAGAAUAAUCUAGCAUUCUGAGACAAAUUAUUCUUUUCUUCAUUAAUAAAAAAUACAGGUAAUGUGAAGACUAUUAACAUCACAAACAGACUUAUGAUAAGGAGUGAAAACCACGAAGCACUAAAGAGCUAUUUCGUUUUAGUAUAGGAUGCGACAAUACAUAUUCACCACUCGAACGGAAAUCAAACUCACGGCCUUUGAUUACUCUUAUGAAUUCUAAAAUUAAAGAUCGAUAAACCGGAAUCUGAUGGUGUAUAUGUCUGACUUUAGUCAUUUCAUGGUAUUGCAUGUCCACCUUACAUUAUCCUCGUUAAUUCGACAAAAUGAUUUCCUUAUUGAAUUUAAUGAAUCCUGGCCAUUAAAAAGUGUGGACAACUAUUUAGGAGUGGUAUCCUCCAUUAAAGCAACGGAUCAGUUAGCUUCAAAUGUUUACGUUUUACAUCGUGGUAAUCGAGUAUGGGAUGAAAAUACAUUUGAUGAUCAAAAUAAUUAUCGUCUCAAUAAGUCUGAACCUAUACAAAAAGGAGUUUUAGUACAAAUUUUUAAUGGAGAGAUUAAAAAAACUUAUUUUCCUUUCAAAUUCUUUCUUCCUCAUGGACUUACAAUAGAUCCAAAUGGAAAUUUCUGGAUUACAGAUGUAGCUUUGCAUCAAGUUUUUAAGUUCUCGUCAAAUUUAUCUAGUGAACCGCUAUUAACACUUGGUGAACGCUUUAAACCUGGUUCAAGCAAAAAUCAAUUUUGUAAACCAACAGACGUAGUAGUUUCUUCGAAUGGACAAGUCUUUAUCUCUGAUGGGUACUGUAAUAAUCGCAUUAUGAAAUUUAAUGAAAAGGGAGAGUUUCUAAAAUCUUGGGGUUACGAAACUAAAGAUCCAAAAUCCCCAGGACCAUAUGAUUUAAAUCUCCCACAUCAGAUAUCUUUAUUAGAAGAAGAAGAUGCAAUAUGUGUGGCUGACAGAGAAAACAAACGUAUUGUAUGCUACACAGCUGGUUUAUAUUCGACAACACCAGAUAGUACCGGUGAAUAUCUAUUUGAGUACAAGCAACCAGAGAAGAGACCAAUCUAUGGCGUUGCCAUUGAACCGUCAACACGACUAAUAUUCGCUCUUGUUGGCUCUACAUUUAAUGAGGAUAAUUCAAAAGUGGAAAUUAUUGAUUUCAAUUCACAAGAGUUAAUUGGUGAAAUCAGAAAUGAAUGGAAAACAGGAUUCGGUGAUGUGCAUUCUAUAGCAACAUGUCCAUACAACCGAGGAACAACUUGUGUACUAUUCUGUAAUACAAAUUUACCAUCACAACUAAACCAACCGGUAUCAUCAAAUCAAACUCAAAGAACUAAAAGCAUAUCUAAAUAUCAAGAAGAUUUCAAUGAAGAAGAACAACUUGAACGACAUUUAUGGCUUUAUCAUUUACGAUUUAACUCUGAAUACGAUUAUUAGAUAAUGGAGAAUCAUAUUAUCAAUCUUAAUAUUGGAAUAGUAAUGAUAGUCAACACAAAUACAUGGUUUAAACGAAUUACU